CCUGCGUUUCGGUCUCAAGCAUGCGUUCGAAGAAGGAAGAAAAAAGAAAACGACUCAAUUUCUGAUCACAUUAUGAUUUUUCUGUUUAGUUUGUAGUAAUGAUGAUGAGGUGAGUUUUAUGAAAGAGCGUUUUUGGUGAGAAGAGUGGAUGGAAUGGAGAUGGUAAUAUAAUCUCCCGCCUAAGUAUUCAAUAGCACGUUUUUUGUAUUAUUUUUCUGUUUAGUUUGUGGUAAUGAUGAUGAGGUGAGAUUUAUGGAAGAGCGUUUUGGUGAGAAUAGUGGAUGGAAUGUGGUAAGCUAG